AGAGAGAGAGAGAGAGAGAGAGAGAGACCCACGUUGCUCUUGUCAUACGUACGCUACCAAAUACUUGUCUCAGCCACAGAAGUUUCUGUUUUCUUGGUCUCAUUUAUCUAGUUAGGUAUUUUGCAAUUCCAAUCAAUUCUGUUAUAAAGGAAGAAGACUAGAUCUAUUAUGAAGUUCCCUACUCGAGCUGUCAGCCUGUUGUGGCUGGUCUCUACUAGUACGACAAGCACCGCCUUUGUGCCUCACGCAACAUCACGUUUUGGAGUCUCGACGCGUCUGUUUCAAUCCUCUUCUGCUGGUACCGAGUCCUCCAUCAAACACUUGCCUGAAAGUGCCGUCGAAUUGACCGUCACGGCUCCUGGAAAGGCCACCAAGGCCGCCUACGACAAGGCGUGCUCCGAAAUCAGCCAGAAUAUCGAAAUUCCAGGAUUCCGCAAGGGAUCCAAAAUCCCCGCACAAAUCCUCGAACAAGCCAUUCGACAAAACUCUGCCGAUGGUCAGCAAGGAGGCAAACAUCCACUCAAAGCACAAGCCAUUACGGCUCUCAUCAAUCAAUUGGUAGAACCAACGCUCAAGGAACAUCAGCUAGACCCCAUUGGACAACCCUCCAUGGUGGUACCUGUAGAAGAAAUGGUAGAAUCCUUUCAACCGGGAGAAGAUUUGACCAUUCAAGUAAAAUGCGAUGUAUGGCCCGAAAUUGUAUGGAAAGAGUCCGACACACCCGAUAAGGCAGUCUACAAGGGACUCAAGGGAUCCUAUUCACGAAAACCAUUCGAUCAGGCCAAAAUGGACAAGGCACUCGACGAUCUCAAGGAGCGAUACGCAUCGCUCGAAAAAAUUACAGACGAUUCCCAUACACUGCAAAUGGGAGAUGCCUGUACCGUCAACAUGGAGGGAUUCAUGGCAAAUCCAGAUGGAACCAAGGGAGAGCCAUUGCCAAAUGCUGCCAGUGGUGAUCGAGUAGAAGUUGUUCUGGGAGAAGGACGAUACAUGGAAGGAUUGGUCGAAGGAUUGAUUGGAGCCAAGGUCGAUGACACCGUACAGGUGUCGGUCGCAUUUCCAGAUAAACUGCGAGACAAAACUCUGGCGGGCAAGCAGGCCAUUUUUGAUGUCACCGUCUUGGAAGCCUCCAAACGAACUGUACCCGAAUUGACGGACGAAUUCGCUGCCAAGGUAAAGGCUGGUCUCACGGCCGAAUCGCUCCAGGCAGAACUACGAAAAGCCGUCGAUGAAGAAGAUGCCAAGGAAUUCAGGGGGGCACGAAAUGCGGCCUUGUCCAAGGCACUAGCCGAAACGGUUGAAGUGGACAUUCCGGAUACACUCGUCACUAACCAGGCGCGAGAAAAGUUUGCCCUCAUGAUGACCGAAAUGAGAGACAAUGGAGUCUCGGACGAAGAAAUCAAAAACCAAAUCAAACCAGAAAACUUUUUAAAGUACAAGGACAUUGUCAAGGGUGAUAUCAUUCGGGACUUUCGAGUUUCCAUGGCCACCGACGAAAUUGCCCGCAUUGAAGGAAUUGAAGUGCCAGAUUAUCAAGUGGAGGAACAAUUGGAAGCCAUUCGAAAGGAUGCCGCACAAGAGGGAGAGGAAAUAGAUGACAAUUCGAUUCGGGGCAAGGUAGAAGCCACGCUGCAGCGUCAAGCCGUUAUGGACUUUUUGGCGGAUAAUGCCGAUUUGGAUGUCCAAUACAAGGAAGAAGAGUUCGACGCCCAACUCAUGGAAAAGCUGGCAGAGGAAUCGUUGGCAAGAUUGGAAAAGGAGAAGGAGUCAUCGGCAGUGGAUGCGGAGAUUGUCGAAUAAACAACAACAACAAAAAGAGAACACAACAACAUCACAAAGAUCAAACGAAAACAGUAGUAGCAACUAGUACUUGCGUGUGUUUGUAUCAACUGACAGUUUACGCUAUGGCGUGUUAGCUCGAACGAUACUCUUAUCAAAAUAAUCGCAACAGGAACACGAGGGCCCACCCUCGAACCCCCUCGACCGCCGUCUGCGUUUGUCCGCUAAUUUAACUCCGUGCUCAGCUGACCGACCGCUCACCGUCGAGUUCUUCGAGGUAGAUCUGGGCUGCCUGGCCUGGUUUCUUCUCGAUCUUGACCACUUUCAACACGGUCCCAGGGGCCAGCACAUACUCUUCCUCGUUCGGAUACGCGCUCAUGUGCUGGAUGGGGACGGCAGAAACGGCCUUGACGUGGAAAAGUGUGCCACCGGGCGAACCUCCACCAAACCCCUUGGCGACGUUGAUGUUGGGGGUGCAGGAGCUCACCGGCCACCAGGUGACCUUGCUCCCCUCCUUGUAUUGGCCCGACAAAUCUCUACUGAUGCCUCGGUAUAGGGAUCGAGGCUUGGGUUUCAUCUUGCUGUAAGCCUCCAAGAAGACGCGAAGGUACUCAAAGUACACCUUAACCUUCCCGCGGUUUGAGUUCCUCAACGCUUCGUUGAGGCGACGAUAGAGACAGUUGGUGGUGUAAAGAUAGACGGCUCCCUUCUCGUCCUCUCCAAGGCCAGCAACGGCAAAUUUUGCAGCUCUUUUCACGGCCGAAUCUGCCGCGGAUCGCAGCCCCAUGUUGUCGCAAGCAUCGGGAAGCGAACACAGUUCUGAUGCCAUGAUCCCCAAAAUGGGCGCCAGCUCCGUCAAAUCGAGGCCGGCCUGAAGCCGUUCCAGAUACAUCUUGUGAAGCUCCUGGGUUUCAGUGAUAAAAUCGGCGUGCUCGUCGCAGUGGUGCUUUUUGAGCCAAUCCUUGUCUGGGAGCCAAUCAAUCGGCUCGAGGCCGUUCUUUGUAAGCGCUUUGUUGACGGCCAGAAAAUGAUUGUCCCCUUUCGCAAAUUUGUCGCCCUGGGCUGCCGGGUUGUAGUGUUCGAUAUGAGUGAUCUCCACAUCAUCUUCAAACUCCUCGAACACAGACUUGAGAGCCUUCUUCGUCUUCAGGCUCUCGUUGCCCCACCAAAGGAAACCGAUGCGCCGCUUUGGAGUUCCCGCGGGGAACUUGUCGCGUUUGGAUUGUAGGAUCUUGCUGACGAUCUUUUUCAUUACUGGUUUCCAAAAGUUUGUGUGCUGCGCCUUGGAAUGCGUAGACCCCAUCGUAAGACUAGCGUUGAGCAAGAGGACUCCUUGAGACAGCAUUGCCUGAAACCAUUCCGGAGGGGACACAAUAUUGUGCUUUUUGAAAGCUUUCCUCAUGUCGGAGAUCU